UUUGCGCAGGAGGAAAACAUCCCUUUCCCAUCGCUACUUGUGUUUGUAAAGUUUCCAAGUGUACUAACAUCAAAAUCUCACUUUUAUUUGGGGUUUCCUCCUUUCUUUACAGUGAUUUCAAAGGUUGUCUCUUCAGAAUACCAAUGUUCAGUUGAAACCCCUCAUUGAACCAAAUUCUGCUCCUGGUCGCUGUUAUUGCAGAAAAGCUGUCGAAACAGAAGUAGCCCUCGAGUCGUAGCAGCAUUUUUGGUGAGGUUUUAAUGAUGUUUGAUUCGCUUGUUUGGAGGGGUUAAAGAUUUUGGUGUUCUUGAAAGUUUAUUUAUGCUGUUUGGUACAAGUUUAUAAUUUCAGGUAGACUGGUCGGAAACUGUUUGAGUGUUUCUCUCUUUUUCCUCCCCCUUUUUCCUGUCCCCCCAAACAGAGCUUUGUAGCAAGCCCACGUUGUAAGAACCAAAAGAAUGUUUAUGUUCUUUGUGGGUUUCAUUUUUUUGUGAAAUUUAAGGUUUACAGAGCAGUGUUUACAGCAUUUCAAGAAUCAAGAUUGAAGGAAAAGUCAGGGAGGGAAAUAAGACACAGAGUUGUGAUAAUCAGACAGAAAUGAAUUCUCUGUUUUCGGUUUCUUUUGUUGUCCGAUUUCGAUUUUCAUCUAUGUAGAGGAAUUGGGGAAGAAAUCUGUACGCAAAGUUCGGAAAAGGCUCACAAUUUGAGUAAAACCCUUUAUUUGGACCUUCAAGAUUGUUAAUUUCAAGCCGUCCAACUUCGAUGAACUUGUACCACCGGCCGCGUCGCCUGUUCCUGGAUGCUCCGCCGCCAAGAAACCAGAAGCCAAAGCCACAAUGGCUACAGCCGGAAUUUCGACACCAACUUGGUGAUCAUCCUUGCAGCUUUGUUAUGUGCUUUAAUAUGCGUUCUUGGGAUAAAUUCCAUAGUAAGAUGCUUUCUGCGGUGCACCGCGAGGAUGAGCUCGGUCGACACGGAAGAACUGCGGCCGCGGUUUAGCCGGAAGGGACUAAAGAAGGUGGCGCUCCGCCAGAUUCCGGUGGUGGUGUAUGGCUCCGGGGAAGGGCCGGUGGCAUUCACAGACUGCCCCAUAUGCCUUGGUGAGUUCUUGGAUGGGGAGAAAAUAAGGGUGCUGCCUAAAUGCCACCAUUGUUUUCAUGUUAAGUGUGUGGACAUUUGGUUGGCUUCUCAUUCCUCGUGCCCCACCUGCCGACAGUCUGUGGCGGAUCCACCGGAGUCCGGUGAUGCUCCGGCUGCUGGCGCUGCUGAGGAGGUGAGCUGAUUGCUGGAAAAUUCUUAACCAAGACAGGAUUUGAUCAAACCAUAUCAAUUACAGAACAAAAGAGAUAUACAUUUUCUAAAUCAUACAUCAAUUAAAUCAUAAGCGUAUUACAUUUGUUAUAUAUUUGAUUUAGGUUCGAUCAAAUUCGAUUUGGGUUAGAAUUUCCAGCUUACUGCAUUGUAAAUGUUUUUUUUUUUUAUGU